AUGGGUGCGUUCCACUGUAAAUCGUGUCAGAACGGCGAGAAUGUGACGAACAUGUUCGGUCAGGAUGGCGGUGAACGGAGACGGUUUAUAUUUGGCAGGCGUCGCAGCCGCAGUGGUUCGGUCAGACAGACCGAUUCGCUUGUCCUUCAGACAUUGAGCAUCAUCAAGAAUUUGGGACUUAUUGAGAAUGGUACUGAAGCUCCAGAAGCAUUGCGAAAGUUACAUUGGGUCGCAGAUGAUGGUGAUGGUUGGAUUCAAGUGGUAUUGUCUAUGAUUCAUGUCAUUCCCCUUGACGAUCCACUUAGUCCAGCUCUUAUAACUGUUAUUCUUGACGAUUGCCCUCUACCCGAUAAAGACACUGUAAUGAAAUUAUCACAAAUGUUAGAUUUGUCAAAUAAAACUCCUAAACGUAAAACAGUUGACCAACAUCGUAACAUUUGUGUAAUAUUAGGUAUACUCGCUGACAAGUUACCUGGACCUUUAAGUAUUGCUUUAUUAACUAAAGAUACAUUGACUUAUCUUUUCAAUAACAUGGAUUUGCAAGUACAUCCAUCAAUUAUACUAUUUUCAUUAAUUGCACUUGAAAAAUUUGCACAAAUAAGAGAGAACAGAUUUACAAUUGAAACUUUUAUGAAGACUGGACCUUUGGCUAUGUUGUCAAUAUUUGAAAGGUUGACAGGUUCCGAUCAACCAUUUUAUGCUCAAGUUGGGUUUUGUGCUGAAUGGCUACUAGAUAACAUAUUUGUGGACGAUCAAAGGACAUCAUCAUAUUUAAAUAUGUCAAUGGAAGGUGUGAAUGCCAUAUUAAAUCAAGAAGAUGCUAGCGAGUAUCUAAAACUGGGUCCUUCUGGUUUGGAAGCUAGAUGUGAUGCUUGUAGUUUUGAAAGUGUCCGCUGUACAUUCCAAAUUGACAAAGGCACUUGGUACUAUGAAGUAACAAUAUUAACAUCUGGUGUCAUGCAAAUUGGAUGGUCAACUAGAAAUUCGAAAUUUGUUAAUCAUGAAGGAUAUGGCAUAGGUGAUGAUGAAUAUUCUGUAGCCUAUGAUGGCUGUAGACAACUAGUUUGGCAUGGUGCUCGAUGUACAAGUUGUGUAUCUGGAAGGCCAUGGCGAGAAGGAGACACAGUUGGUUGCUUAUUACAAGUGGAAAAACCAACUCCAACUGCAACAUUCUACCUAAAUGGUCAAAUUGUAGCUUUUAAUGAUAAAAUAUUUCAAUAUGCCAAGACAGAGUUUUUUGCUGCAGCUAGUUUUAUGACAUUCCAACAAAGUCGUUUUAACUUUGGUAGCAAACCAUUCAAAUAUCCACCAAAAGGCGUAAAGUUUAGUAUCAUGAAUGACCAUGGAAAAUUGGAUGCAAAAGAAAAAACAAUCUUACCAAAACAAAUGAGACUGGGCUUAUUAGGUUUGUUGGGCAAGCAGACAGCUGAUGAAGAUUCAUGCACAAUUUGUUUUGAUCAUAAAGCUGAUGUUAUGUUAUACCCUUGUAAACAUGAAGGUUAUUGUGAAAACUGUGCACAGCAGCUAACCCUUUGUCCAGUUUGUCGUCAAUUAAUCGACAGGUUUCAGGAAAGCAUUCCUACAACAGCCACACCAAUAGUCCUAGUCAGUUAG